AAAGAUGCAAGUAUAGUCACUCAAUCCAUCAAACACCUGGCCUUUUUCAUCUGUACUUUGCAAAAAGCAGCUGUAAUAUUAGUACAGACACUCUGUCCACUGAACAGUUGUGAUAUAUUGAAGCUAUACUUUUUAAAAAAGGUGGAGAUCCGUACAAAAACGACGAGUACACACAGCCGCACUGAACAGGCCCUAAUUAAAUCAUAAGUUAGCCUCCAAACAAGCAGGGUUUUAGGCUUUGAGCGCACAUUGGCCACUAAACUGCACUAAAGCCAUAGUGGGGAUUUCGGGUGCCUCGGCUUUGGCGGAGGGUUUUUUUUUUUUUUUUUUUAGCCUCCUGCCGAUUUCUUACCUGUCUCCGGCAUCCGAAAUAACCUCUUAACCUCCUCAGUUGUCGUCACUUUACAAUCUUCCUUUAGUUACAAACCACAGACUACCACAGACCACCACAGACCCCGGGAGGGAGCGCUCAAAGAUCAUCAUAGGGAGCUGUGGUGUGAUUCUGUGCAUAUUGUAUAUUUUCCCCGUCCAAUUUUGCUCCGUACACUUACUUAGUCCUGAUCCCACUUUGCUUCCGUUUUUCGGCGCAUACACUUACUCUCCUUUGUCAAAGCUUUCCACGCAAAAAGCUGUCCAGUCCCGGGGCUAUCAACUGUAUUGUCCGCCGAUCACAUUCAUUUCCUGUCCUUGCCGACCACCGUAUUGUAACCGCCAGAAAGGCCGUUGUCUCCCUUCGACAGCGCGCAAGAGCCCGGUCAGCACCAUAACACGACCUGAUCAAUUAUAAUUCAUGCACUGUUUGACUUUCCUUUCCUCCACUCCUGCUCCGCCCGUUUCUUGAGCCGAAGAGUACAAGCCGCUGCCCGAUUGGACCCCUGUAUGAGAACUGGGCUACCCGAGCCGAUCAGCGUUGCGCCCGUCGAGGUUAAACAGCAAGGGAACAAAGAAUCCUUCCAGAAUUCAGUAAAAACAAAAUAUAGAGAAUUGGAGCUUUAGCUGCAUAGCAAUACGUUCAUAUAAAUACUCCCCGGUUCCCGGGUCGAGGAGGCGGGGCUUCUUCCCCCCCUCCUUUUCUCUUGGACAGGAUGCUCACUGGGUUCCUUGCUCUUCUCACCUCAAUUGCCAUCACGGUGCUGCUCACGUCGUUUUACCUCUUCUCGUCCUUUACGACAUUCACCGAGACAUGGGGUGCGAAGCUGAGUGGUUCUGGAGGAAACCCGGGUAAAUAUGGCAAUUGUGGUGGGCAUCAUCAUGGCGAGCUGGGUGCUGUUGCCUCUGAGAAUCGGAAUUGUAGCCGGCUUGGGGGGGAGAUGUUGAAGAUUGGCGGAAAUGCGGCGGAUGCUAUGGUCGCAACCGUCUUCUGCAUUGGCGUAACUGCAAUGUAUCAUAGCGGUAUCGGUGGCGGUGGAUUUGCCGUCGUGCGAACGCCGGAUGACAAGUACGAGUUCAUCGAUUUCAGAGAGGUGGCCCCCGCAGCUGCGUUUGAAGACAUGUAUAAGGAUAAUGUGGAAGGGUCCAUUAUAGGGGGUCUGGCUAGCGGCGUACCUGGUGAAGUUCGCGGUCUGGAAUACUUGCAUAAGAAAUAUGGCAUUUUGCCCUGGUCAACCGUCAUGCAGCCGGCCAUCCGCACUGCGCGUCAUGGAUGGCCCGUCAACGAGGAUCUGGUCCAUUACAUGGAGGCCGACACGGCUGGGGAAAAUGAUUUUCUGUCCAAAGAUCCUGCCUGGGCAGUCGACUUUGCCCCCAAUGGAGUCCUAUUGGGGUUGGGAGAUAUCAUCACUCGUCGACGAUAUGCUGACACGCUCGAGAAAAUUGCCAAAUAUGGGGCUGAUGCUUUUUAUUCUGGACCUAUUGCGCAGGCCACGAUCAGAGCCCUCCAGGCGCAGAAUGGGACCAUGACCUUGGAUGAUUUGAAGAACUAUACCGUUGCGAUUCGAGGUAUCUCACAGGUCAGCUACCGGGGCUACAAAGUGACCAGCACGAGUGCUCCGUCUAGCGGUGUUGUUACAAUGAGUAUCUUGAACAUUUUGAAUGAGUAUGAUGAUUUCUUCGCGCCGGGUAACGUGAAUCUCAGCACCCACCGCCUUGCUGAAGCAAUGCGGUUUGCCUACGGACAGCGUACGCAAUUAGGUGACCCUUCCUUUGUGAAGCGAUUGGCCGAAUUUGAAGAUCAUAUGCUCAAUGCUUCCACGGCCGCUAUGAUUCGAGCUAAAAUCUCCGACCACCAUACCCAAGACAUCUCUGCAUAUGACCCAGAGGGACUAGAAAGUCUAGAUACCCCGGGAACUUCCCACCUCGUCUCCACCGACCGCUCCGGCCUCGCCGUCAGCCUCACCACAACCAUAAACCUCCUCUUCGGCAGCAAACUCAUCGUCCCCGAAACCGGCAUAAUCAUGAACGACGAGAUGAACGACUUCUCCAUCCCCAAUGCCGACAACGCCUUCGGCUUCAUCCCGUCGCCCGCCAACUUCAUCCGCCCGGGUAAACGCAUGCUAUCCUCCAUGUGCCCGACAAUCGUCACCCAUCCCAACGGCACGCUCUACUUCGUCACGGGUGCCGCGGGCGGCUCGCGCAUCAUCACCAGCGUCGUGCAGAGUAUCAUCAACGUCAUUGAUAGGGGUAUGUCGGCGGCCGAGGCGCUGCGGGAACCCCGCCUGCAUGACCAGCUUGUGCCGAAUGUGUCGAUGUUUGAGUAUCCCUUUGAUAACAGCACGGUGGCGUUUAUGGCUGGGCGGAACCAUACGGUGCAACACGUGCCACUGGGGAGGAGCACGGUGCAGUCGAUCCGGGUGUUUGGGGAGAGCAAGUUUGAGGCGGUUGGGGAGCCUAGGCAGAAGAAUUCUGGCGGGGUGGUUGUGUGUGGGGGUGAGUGCGCUGAUUUUUGUUGAACUUGUAGACACCUAUCUCCUUCCAAAGAAGAUUUUGGACCGGUUAUAGAGCCAUCGUUAUAAUAUAUAUACCCUUGUUAAAAUCGAGGCGAACGAGAUGAACCGUAUUCAUUUCUUUCAUAUUGGAGCUACCGACUGGGCUGCUCCUUUCUUAAUCAGACAGUGAUGGUAGUUGUUAUAGUAGUAGUGGCGAGGACUCAACGUGGGGGGGCGCUUAGUCGGGGUGUCGGACGGGUAUAACUAUAUGAGAUUGGAGGACAACAGUAGCAAUCUGUCGAAGUGGAGGACGGGCGAAUGACAGGCUCAGCUGGCUGUAUUUGUAAGGUAUCAUCCUAAGUAAAUAUCCCAAGGCCCGUCUAAGCGUUUAUUGGCGGUUUUACAAUAAGUGAUAUACUAUCCCCAAUAUCACAGCUAGAAUAAACAGCCGAAGCGGGUGACUAAUGUUUGGGAGGCUUAAAUCCAAACUAGGUUAACAUGCCCCGGCCAACAUAAUUGACCUUAAUAACGGCUCAUAAGGGUUCACCAUAUUUUAAAAUGAGGGUUUGAAUAGCGGAGUAAAUAAACCAAUGGCCUAUUUUCUAGAUAUUUUGAAGGCCACCAGCAGAGAAGGCCCUUGGCCCAUAUAUAUA